AUGCCGAAUCGACACGGUAGGAGCCGUUUGGUCGAUGCCCUCGUUAGCAAUAUCACAGGGUUGGACGUGACGGAGCCGGUCUUCUCGCGUCUGCAGCAUAUAGCCGCUGAGCAGCUACGAACCCUGUACCUCAGCGCGGACCCAUUCAAUGUCGAAGAGAAGUUACAGGGCCAUGUCGAAAAGUUUCGUGUCCUUUACCAACAAGACCGCGGAGAUGCACUCGAAUCAUGCUUGGGCGAGUUGAAGGAGAAGAAUUCCGACAGGACUGCAUUUGUCGACAUCCUUGCUCUUCUUCUUCAUUUGUCAAACAAGCCGCUAGAGGGCGACGUGGCGUGCGACGGUCCUCCGGUCGAAGAAGAUGUUGAACUUCCACCGCUUACGUGGGAUCAAAUCGUAGCGGAUGACCCAAUCGAAGGAGACCAUUGGCAGGUCAACACAUUCCGACAUCUUGGGAAGGAUCAGGGUGUGUAUGCUAGUGAUUCUGAGGAAGAGGAGCUUCCACCGCCAAGAAUACCACGGUGGGAGACUGCCCAGCGACCAGUUGCGCGGAGAAUACGCGUUGAUGAUAGCCUGGCAGAGGAUUUAGCUUCAAACCAGUACUUCGACGAAGACAGGCUGGUGCUGACGGAGUUGGAAGCUAUCCGUGAAGUACUGCUGGUAUUGAAGACGGGCGUCUCAGGUUACCUCUUUCUACAGACCAAGCGUGGAAUAAGCGUCAGGAGCAACUUCCGGUUACACCAUACUACGCCUGAACUUUUGGAGAGCGUUCUUGGUUGGCUCGCGGAGCAAGUAAGUGCUGUUCUCGUUCUUCGCAAGUUCGCUGCUCAAGCACGAGGUGAAACUAUCACUCUUGAGGCAUUUGCUGCUACUGUCAGUGAUGAGCUUCAUGCUCUUGAUCUUCUCGUAGUAGACAUCGAGCUCGAGCUGCUAAACAUUAAAGCAUCGGAAACGGUGUAUGCGACUCUAUUGGGCCUCAAGAUGCGCCUGGAACCUCAAUUCGAGCGCCUCAGCGUGAGUGUGAAACUCGUCAAAGACGUACUCAAUAGACCGUAUCAGAAUCCAAGACAAAAGCUAUGUCAGCUGCUGUCUGACCUCUAUGAUAUUGCUUGCCGAGCAGACAUGACUGCUAACCAAGCGGAUUUUGACGCUUGUUGGGCAUUGUUUAUGCCUACGCUCCGGGUUUACUUGGAGCAGUUGGCGAUGUGGUGUAACAAGGGUGAGCUACCAGGUUCAGAUCGUUCUGACUUCUUCGUUGAGCAGACGAAAGAUGGUUCUGAGGAAGGUGUGUAUGUUAUGAUGCACCAUGAGGGGAGUGCAGAUAUCAUGGUCCCAGAUUUCGCAAGACAAAUCGCUGAGAAGGCCUUCAAGAUUGGGAAAGGGGUCAACUUCCUCAAGAGAUUGGGGCAAGCAGUUGGCGCCGCAGACAUCCUUGUGUUUGAUAUCAUGCCAGAGCUAGAGGCUCUGAAAGCAGCACACCGUCACGAGCCUUUGGAGCUUGCUGUAGGAAUUGCCCUAGAUACGUGGGUAUCCGAAGCUUAUGACAAGACGAAGACGGUGCUACGGGCCCUACUGAUCGACAAGCUCGGUCUCUGGAAUCACCUGCACGCGAUGGAAGCAUUGUACUUUCACCGUGGUGGUCUGGCUAUAUACAACUUCACGCUUGGUUUAUUUGAUAAGAUGGAUAGAGGGCAGCAGCUUGACCGGCAUAUCCUGACACGACUUGUACGGUCUGCGUUGCAGGAUGCACCGGUGGCUGGGUUGGCCCCCGAGCGCAUCACCGCAGUUAUGAAUAAGCGAGGCUUGGGCGUCACGAUUCGCAGAAAUGUUACGUCUUUGUCCGCGAUCUCAGUGGACUACCAGUUACCACCGUUGCUGACGCAUAUCUUCACCCCUGCUGCCUUUGAGGGAUACAAGAAGAUCUUCAUGUUCUUGACGCAGUUACAGCGGUCGAAGUAUCUCCUUGGGCGACUAUCACUUAUCAAAGAAACUGAUCUGGUUGGGACCGCUCUUGACCCGAAGUCUCAGUCUGCGUUCUAUGGACUGCGUCUGAAGUUGUUCUGGUUCACGAGUGUGAUGCUACAUCAUCUAUCCGUACUGGUACUGGAGCUGCGAAUGACGAAGCUUCACCAAGCGAUGGAAGAAGCUGGCGAUAUGGACGAAAUGUGCAGGGCACAUUCUGCGUUCAUGAAGGUCGUCACGGAAGAGUGUUUCCUGAGUGAGAAGAUGCGACCAUUGUAUCAAGCUAUUACCUCGAUCCUGAACAUUUCUGUCACACUGGCGGAUUCAUACAUGGUUUACACGGGGGAGACGACAAUGAACGCAUCUAGUCGUUCAAUAAGAUCGAUAUCCAAGAGACGGCGGAGACGCAGGCCGUCGGAUGCUACGUCUGACGAGAGUGGGUCGUCGAAUGACGAGUAUGCCGAUGCGUCCACCUAUAUUUCAUUUGCCGAGGAGAGCUGGGCGACGAAGCUGGAGAAAAUGCACGCGUCAUUUGAGAGGCACUUUCCGUUCCUGCAAAGUGGAGUGGCAGGUUUAGCAAGAAUCAGCACGACCAUGUUUGGAAUGCUUUCAGAGUCCCUUGACAGAAGCGGAGAGCAGAGAAUAUGA